AGACGUAUAACUAUAUACAUUUUGAAAGACCAAGUGGUCCAAACAACAUUCCACAAACUUGGAGGUUCAUUUAAUGGAUUAAAAACAACAUGAAGACAAUGCUGCUGCAUACCUCCAUCUUUGUCCUUGUCUUUCUUUGGAGUCUCCCACCACUUUCCCUGACUGGGAAGAUCCUAGUGUACCCUGUGGAUGGAAGCCAUUGGCUUAACAUGGACAUUCUGCUACGAGAGCUUCAUCAGCGAGGUCACAAACUGACAGUGAUCCGUUCUGCCAACAGUUGGUACAUCCCAGAGAACACCACACACUAUACGCCCAUCACAGUCCAGAUUGAGCACCUCAGCAGUAUAGAGGACCCAGAGUACAUGGCGUCCUUUCUUCAGAGAAACAUUGAGAUCCAAAGAGGGAAGGGAUCAAUUUGGUCAUUCAUUGCCCUGCAGAAAGAAAUCCUUACUCUAUUAGAAGAGUCUCACAGGUCUUCUGCUGAGAUGGUGAGGAUCAUCCUAGAAGACAAAAAGCUUAUAAAAACACUCAAAGAGUCCAAGUACGAUUUGAUGCUAACUGAUCCUGGUUUUGCAGGAGGGGUCAUAUUGGGUGUGCACUUGGGUCUACCAAUGGUGUUCAACGUACGAUGGAUAACAAACGGAGAAGGGCACUUUGCAAUUGCACCGUCACCGCUUUCUUACAUCCCAACUAUCGGAUCCGGGGUGACGGACAAAAUGAGCUUUGUGAAUAAAAUGAAAAAUCUCUUGCAUUUUGGAAUCGGCCAAUAUAUGGACCACAUGCUCAUUAGGCCCCUCUAUCAAGGAGUUGUCAGCAAAUACAUAGACCCGAAUUCCAAUGUCUACUCUCUGAUCCAAGGAGCAGAUUUGUGGCUCAUGCGAGUCGAUUUUGUUUUCGAGUUCCCUCGUCCUACUAUGCCCAACGUGGUCUACAUUGGAGGCUUCCAGUGCAAACCAUCCAAACCUCUACCAGAUGAAUUGGAGAAGUUUGUCGAGAGUUCUGGAGAGCAUGGGGUGGUGAUCAUGUCUUUGGGUACCCUGCUUGGAAGUCUGGUUCCGGACAUAUCUGAGGUUAUCGCCUCUGCCUUCGCUCGCUUGCCGCAAAAGGUGAUUUGGAGGCAUGUAGGGGAAAAGCCGUCUACAUUGGGGAAUAACACACUCAUCGUGGAAUGGUUGCCUCAGAACGAUCUCCUAGGGCAUCCUAAAACUAAAGCUUUCGUCACCCACGGAGGAACGAAUGGAAUCUAUGAAGCUAUUUACCACAGCGUGCCGAUGCUUGGACUCCCGCUCAUCUUCGACCAAUUCGACAACAUGAUUCGCCUGGAAGCCAGAGGGGUGGCUCAAGUGCUUGACGUCGCAGUCCUGGAUGUAGAUACCCUAACGCAAGCCCUGAUGGAUAUCCUGGAUGAAAAUCAACCAUACCAGAAGAACAUGCGCAGAAUAUCAAGUAUACAUCGUGACACACCGCUCAAGCCAAUGGACAGCGCCAUCUUUUGGCUGGAGUUUGUCAUGAGGCAUAAGGGUGCGGCGCAUUUACGCACAGAGUCCUACAAGCUUCCUUGGUAUUCCUACUACUGUGUGGAUGUGAUCAUGCUGAUAGCAAGUUUGUUUACAGCAGUCUGUCUGCUCUUGGUCUUAAUGUGCAGGGCUUUGCUGAAAGUUUUCGUCAGGAAAAGGAAAGCCAAAAAAGAGUGAAGAUCUCCUUUUUUAGGCUGAUAUCAUUAAUGUUGCUCUAUGUAAUUUCUGCACUACUUCCAAUGGGUCAUGGUUUGGUUCGUUUGCAUGGGCUUGUUGGCUGUAGAUGCUGUAACUAAACCAUUUGUCUGAGAAACUAAAUUCUUUCUCAAUUCAUAAUUUUGCAAGCAACAUUUAAAUGACAAAAUUAUUAAUAUAUGAAAGUAGAUGUUUGAUGGCCACUUGUGGAAAGGCUUUUAAAAUUGUGAAAUGGAAAUUUUUCCAUUUCUUCUGCCUUUCACAGCAAAGUUUAGUCACUAGAGAAGACUAGUGAGCGCUUUUAUGUUCAGCAUUGACCAAUCACGUAUUUAGAUUCAGAUGAUUGGCUCAAAAAAUGGCAAAACUAAGCAUAAGCAAUGAGUAUGAAUGCUAACUUUUUAUAUUCCUACAGAAUUGCAGUUUCUUAAUGGCUCUUCCAAACCCACCCUUCAAGUAAUCUUAAAAAAAAUAUAGAAGGUAGUACUGCCCUAAAUUUUAGUUUGAGACAAUGUUGCUUGGUCAGGCAGUUCAAACAGAGCAAUUCUUUUCGGGAAAUUUUACUUUGAAUGGCUGAAUUGAAAUUUCAGCAUCAAUUAAUGUGUCACUAACAGUAUAUUUGAAUGUUUUUAAAAAUGAACUGCAACAGAUAGCGUUUUUUAAUUUGUUUUAUUGAUUUGUACAGACAUUGAAUGAACCAGCUGUCUAUUUUGCACGUAAAUAUUUCACUUAACACAACCACCGGCAUGGUCAACAAAAAAAUAAAAUUAUUCAAAAAUCAGAGUCAUAAUGUGACAGAUGGCCGAUGCUCCUACAUUUUGGAAUGGUGUAUUACUAUAUAUGGUUACAAUUGGUGAAAUACUUUAGAGUAAAAAAUAAAGUGCUCCGUCUUCAUCUGUUCUACUGUGUCACUUUGAGAAUACUCUCAUCUCACCUCUCCAAAAUGUAGCAAUCCCAUUUCUUUCUAUGAAAAACAAAGUGUAAAAAAGGUUAGAAAUGUCUAGAUAUUUCAAAUCUACAGACCACAGCUCAAUUGUCACUGUGUGAUAUUUAAGGGGAUCAAUGUCAUAUACAUGCAAGAUAUAAAGACAAACACUUGAACACAAUCAAUAGAACAUGUAACCUAUAUAAUAGAUACCAGUCUGUAACUUUGUUUAGUUCCAUUAGGAAAACAUUACAAAAUGCUUUUCUUCCCUCUGUAAUAAUAAUAAUAAUAAUAGCAGUAAUUGAUCCACAGCUAACUUUUCUUAACAUCUGUUCCACUCACCAAUUUUCCUUUCAAUAUUUCAACAGUUUCAUUAUAUCUUAACAGAUUGAGGAUGAGAGAAUGAAAAAGAGAGUUUAAAGAGAAUGAAUGUCUGGGAACAGCUUUGGUAUUUUAAAA